UAACCUCCCAUAUGAUGAAAAGCACCCUCUGAUACUCCCUAAAAAACAUCAUGUGUCAACUCUGCUUGUGAGACAUUACCAUCAAAGCGUUGCUCACCAAGGUCGUCACCUCACUGAGGGAGCGUUGAGAUCUGCUGGUGUUUGGGUAAUUGGAGGCAGGAAACUAGUCUCAAGUGUAAUCUAUCAGUGUGUCACUUGUCGUAGGCUUAGAGGAAAGCCUGUCGAACAAAAAAUGGCCAACCUCCCAGAAGAUCGACUCACCAUGGAGCCCCCGUUCACUAGGGUAGGCUUAGAUGUUUUUGGGCCCUGGAGCGUAGUUAGUCGCAAGACAAGGGGUGGGGCCGCAGAAAGCAAACGCUGGGCAGUUUUAUUUAGUUGCUUAGGGACUCGUGCAGUUCACAUAGAGGUAAUCGAAACCAUGUCCACCUCGUGUUUUAUUAACGCGCUGAGAAGGUUUUUUGCAGUUAGAGGCCCUUCCAAAGUUCUCAGAUCAGACAGAGGCACUAACUUUAUUGGAGCCUGUAAGGAGCUAAAGAUCAAUACAGACCACCCUGAGAUCCAAAACUACCUCAGCAAUGAAGGCUGUACAUGGACAUUCAACACACCUUACUCAUCACACAUGGGAGGAUCAUGGGAAAGAAUGAUUGGCAUCGCCCGCCGCAUUCUAGACGCAAUGUUACUGCAGUCAGGUCCAACUCGUCUUACCCAUGAAGUCCUCACAACGCUAAUGGCAGAAGUCAUGGCAAUCAUUAAUGCUCGUCCAUUGGUUCCCAUAAGUACUGAUUCAGACUCACCAACCAUUUUGACACCGUCAAUGCUUCUAACUCCAAAGGCAGGAGUUGCUCCUGCUCCUGAAGGAACAUUUGACAUGAAGGACAUGUAUAAAAAGCAAUGGCAACAUGUUCAAGGUCUUGCAGAUACAUUUUGGAAGCAUUGGAGACAAGAGUAUCUGUCAGUGCUUCAGCAAAGAAGGAAAUGGACUCAUGACAAAGAUAACAUUCAAGUAGGGGAUGUAGUCUUGUUAAAAGAUGACCAAGUUAAACGUAAUGAAUGGCCCAUUGGGCUCAUUACUAAAAGCAUCCCAAGCGAAGAUAAGAGAAUCAGAAAAGUGGAAGUUAAAGUUGUAAAGCAAGGGAAUACUCGUGUCUACUUGCGCCCAGUGACUCAACUUAUUCUCUUGUUUCCCCGCGGUAGUGAUUCAAAGACUGAUUAGAAUUAAGUAAUGGUAUAAAAGCAUUUACACCAGGCGGGGAGUGUAAUGGUUUCAGUUUGAUUCGGUUUUAUGUUGACCUUUAGCGCCCUCUUGUGGCGAGUAUUGUGUAUGGUAGAGCCCGUGUUGCACGUGUUGAGGUGAGCUCAUUGUAAAGUGUUAUGGCUGAAGAGCGGCUCGUUCAGGGAACUUGUGACCCGCAUAAGGCUGUAAGUCGCUAUAACUUCUCAUAUAAACACAAAGUUCAGUAUGUUAAAGAUGUUUGUCAGUAUACUGAUUAAUCUAGAGAUGCAAAUGUUGCUAAAACAAAACGGAAAGUGUAAAUAGUGAGCAUUAAGUAGCACUGUAUGCUAGCGGUCUUUUGCUAUGAUAAUUAUAGUAUAUUUACAGGGGUACAUGACAAUGUAACGUUUAAUGCUUAAUUUGUUUAUUUAAUGUUUCCUUUGAAUGUUUUUAGGCAGUAAAUACUGUUUAGUAAGUUAUGCACUUUGAAAAUGUAAAUUUAAUACAAUUCUAAUUUCUCUAUUUUCUAUGUCUGUUUACAGUUUUACAAUGUCAAAGUUACACGAGAAAGAUUUAUAAAGCAUCUGAAAGAUUAAAAGCUAUGAAUCAAUAUCUCGCCUGUUCACUGUCUGUCUAGCU